CUUUUGGGCUCAGACUCGUGAGCAGCAACCGCGACCUGCGCGGGGUAAGAUGCGGGCGCUGGUAGCCGUGAAGAGGGUGGUGGACUAUGCUGUCAAGGUGAGAGUAAAGCCAGACAAGACUGGCAUUGACUUGAACAAUGUGAAAAUGUCGAUGAACCCGUUCUGCGAGAUCGCCGUGGAAGAGGGCUUGCGGCUGAAAGAGAAGGGACACAUCUCAGAGUUGGUGGCCGUUUCCGCAGGACCUGACAAGGCCUCAGAAACCCUGCGGCAAGCCUUGGCGAUGGGUGCAGAUCGUGCCAUCCAUCUGAAGACGGACUUGAGAACAGAUCAGGAACUGCAGCCCUUGGCUGUGGCAAAGCUUUUGGCCAAAAUAGUCGAGAAGGAAACCCCUAGCGUUGUUCUGCUUGGCAAGCAGGCCAUUGAUGAUGAUAGCAACCAGACUGGAGCCCUACUUGCUGGCCUUUUGAAAUGGCCGCAGGCAGGUUGUGCCUCCAAGGUGGAGGUGGAUGAAGGCAAAACGGCUUUGCAGGUGGAGCGAGAGGUGGAUGCUGGGAUCCAAGAGGUCAAGGUGCCCCUACCAGCAGUUGUUACUGCAGACCUCCGAUUAAACGAACCACGUUAUGCAACUCUCCCAAACCUGAUGAAAGCCAAGAAGAAGCCCAUGGAGGUGGUGGAUGCCAGCUCCUUUGGCAUCGACUUGGCACCAAGGUUGCAGGUCCUCAAAGUCGAAGAACCUCCUGCACGCGCUGGUGGCGUCAAGGUGAACAGCAUCGAUGAGUUGAUCGAUAAGCUGAAGAACGAGGCGAAGGUUUUGUAAGAUGUUGAUGUGUACAUAGAUUGGGCAGACGUCUCAAGUCCUUGGCGACCCACUUUUGAGGGUUGAACAAUGUUGAAC